AUGGCAUCAUUGCCAAUGGCCGAAACCAGCAAUCUCCCACUCCGCAAAAUCCCCGGAGAUUAUGGCAUCCCCAUUAUUGGACCCAUCAAAGACCGCCUCGACUAUUUCUACAACCAAGGCCCCGACAAAUACUUCAUGUCCCGCUCCCUCAAGUACCAUUCAACAGUGUUCCGCGCCAACAUGCCACCUGGACCUUUAAUUGCUUCCAACCCAAACGUCGUCGUCUUGCUCGACGGAAAAAGCUUCCCGAUUCUCUUCGACGUCACCAAGGUCGAGAAGAGAAACGUGUUCACCGGCACUUUCAUGCCUUCCACCGAACUCACCGGCGGUUACCGAAUCCUGUCCUAUCUCGAUCCUUCCGAGCCAAAACACGAACAGCUCAAGCGCCUCAUGUUCUUCCUCCUCAAGUCUAGCAGCAGCCACGUCAUCCCCGAGUUCAAUGCAAGCUACACAGCACUCUUCGACACCUUGGAGAAGGAGCUCGCAGCAAAAGGAAAAGCUAGUUUCGGAGAUGCCAAUGAUCAAGCCGCGUUUAACUUCCUUGCUCGCUCUUUUUAUGGGACCAACCCCGAUGACACAAACCUCGGACGUGACGGUCCGAAGCUGGUACAGAAAUGGUUGGCGUUCCAACUCAGUCCCAUUCAGGUCUCGGGCCUUCCCAAGCUUCUAGAAGAUUCUAUUUUCCACACCUUCCGUAUCCCUCCCUUUCUGGUACGGAAUGAUUACCGGAGGCUUUACGAUUUCUUCUACGAGUCCUCUGGGUUGUUGCUCGACGAAGCGGUGCGGCUUGGCGUUUCGAAAGAAGAAGCUUGCCACAACCUCUUAUUCGCCACGUGCUUCAAUUCGUUUGGGGGAAUGAAGGUUUUCUUCCCGAACAUGCUGAAAUGGAUUGGACGAGCGGGGGUUAAACUUCACACCCGGUUAGCUCAGGAGAUCAGGUGGGCCGUUAAAUCUAACGGCGGAAAGGUGACGAUGGCGGCGAUGGAAACGAUGCCGUUGAUGAAGUCGGUGGUUUAUGAGGCGUUUCGAAUUGAACCGCCGGUGCCGUUGCAGUACGGGAAGGCGAAGCGUGACAUGGUGAUCGAGAGUCAUGAGAACGCGUUUGAAGUAAAAAGAGGGGAGAUGCUAUGCGGGUACCAACCGUUUGCGACGAAGGAUCAGAAAAUAUUCGAGAGAGCAGAGGAGUUUAUAGGGGAUAGAUUCUUGGGUGAGGGGGAGAAGUUGUUACAGCAUGUGCUUUGGUCGAAUGGUGCUGAGACGGAGGAACCGAGUGUUGGUAACAAGCAAUGUGCUGGCAAGGAUUUUGUAAUUUUGGUUUCUAGACUUCUCGUGGUGGAGCUGUUUCUCCGUUAUGAUUCAUUUGAGAUUCAAGUUGGAAGCUCGCCUGUGGGUUCUUCAGUUACCCUCACUUCUCUCAAGAGAGCAACCUUUUAG